UUCUGACAGAUACUACAAUGCUGGCAGUCUGCGCCCCAUCCUCCUCCGUUUUCGGACUCUCCUCUGCCUUGGACAGAUCAAGAACGGCCAAGGCAACGUCUCCACUCGUUAGAGUCUGCACCGGUUUGCACAGUCUCCGCUGCUACCUCGCUAGAGCUCGUCAAAAAGGCCUCCUUCAGAACCAUUGGCCUUCCGCGCGACUGUUACAGCCAAUACGCUCGUACAACCUUCCAUACUGCGAGCAAGCUCAUCCACCGCAAUAUCAAUGAUCACUGAGAUAGCAUGAGCGGAACAUGCUGUGGAGAAAGCUAUGCCGUAAGCGCAGAGGGAAUGCCAAAUAGUAUGUUGGACUAUCUACCGCCGAUCUCAAGCCACCCGCUCAUACAACAACGCGUACUCACCCAUUACACCUUCGCAUUAAGAGACGAACAGUUGCUGAUGGAAGCUCAUCUGCCCCAGCUCCUUCAUCUCACCUUCCAUGCGGCUCACCGUUGGCGCCGCGCUACAGCAAUCGGAAUCUCGAAACGCCGCUGCGGUGCUUCGAUAACGGGCUGUGUGGCAGAGUGUGGUUCGAAAGGUUACUUGUCUGCUGAAGUAGACGCCAAUAACAAGGUCUGUAGAAUCAUGACCAAAGAUCACGACUUUUGCAGGCAUGCUCCAGAGGGCGAGUGUUGUUCAAGUGCUUCAGCAGGACGGUGCCAGUGCACUUGUACAGCACCACAAGAGACGCCCCGAAGCCGGAUGUAAUGUAGUCUCUUGCCUGUGUAGCCGGCUACCUACGUCGCUUCCA